CCAAUCAAAAUGAAUUCAACAUUAUUUUCCCAGGUUGAAAAUCACUCAAUCUUCUGUAAUUUUUCAGAGAAUUCCCAGUUUUUGGCUUUUGAAAGCGAUGAUUGUCAUCUGCCUUUGGCCAUGAUAUUUACAUUAGCUCUUGCUUAUGGAGCUGUAAUAAUUCUCGGGGUCUCUGGAAACCUGGCCUUGAUUAUAAUCAUCUUGAAACAAAAGGAGAUGAGAAAUGUUACCAAUAUCCUGAUUGUGAACCUUUCCUUCUCAGACUUGCUUGUUGCCAUCAUGUGUCUCCCCUUCACAUUUGUCUACACAUUAAUGGACCACUGGGUUUUUGGCGAGGCGAUGUGCAAACUGAAUCCUUUUGUGCAAUGUGUUUCAAUCACCGUGUCCAUUUUCUCUCUGGUUCUCAUUGCUGUGGAGCGCCAUCAGCUGAUAAUCAACCCACGAGGGUGGCGACCAAGUAACAGACACGCUUACAUAGGUAUUGCGGUCAUCUGGGUCCUUGCUGUGGUUUCUUCUCUACCUUUCCUCAUCUAUCAAGUAUUGACCGAUGAGCCAUUCCAGAAUGUAACACUUGACGCAUUCAAGGACAAAUACGUGUGCUUUGAUAAAUUUCCAUCGGACUCCCACAGGCUGUCUUAUACAACUCUCCUCUUGAUGCUGCAGUAUUUUGGCCCACUCUGUUUUAUAUUUAUUUGCUACUUCAAGAUAUACAUACGCUUAAAAAGGAGAAACAACAUGAUGGACAAGAUGAGAGACAAUAAGUACAGGUCCAGUGAAACCAAAAGAAUCAACAUCAUGCUUUUGUCCAUUGUGGUGGCGUUUGCGGUCUGCUGGCUGCCCCUUACCAUCUUUAACACUGUGUUUGAUUGGAAUCAUCAGAUCAUUGCAACGUGUAACCAUAAUCUAUUAUUCCUGCUGUGCCACCUUACAGCAAUGAUAUCCACUUGUGUCAACCCCAUAUUUUAUGGAUUUCUGAACAAAAAUUUCCAGAGAGACUUGCAGUUCUUCUUUAGCUUUUGUGAUUUCCGGUCUCGGGAUGAUGACUAUGAGACAAUAGCCAUGUCCACCAUGCACACGGAUGUCUCCAAGACGUCUUUGAAACAAGCAAGCCCAGUCGCAUUUAAGAAAAUCAACAAUGAUGAUAAUGAAAAAAUCUGA